AUGAAGGCAAAGAGGGAGCGCGAGCGCGAAGGGGAGGGAAAAAAGGGCGCCGGAGAGAAGCAGGGGGCAAGUCCGCUGCAGGUGGGGGAGGGUGCGGGGCGUGGGGCGCGCGGCAGGCGCAGGGAGGAAAAAGGGCCGGAGAUGGCGGCGAAGGACCCGCGAAAGCCCCCGACGGCGUCCCACACGCCCCGUGAGUGCCUGGCGGAUACUCCGAGCGCCAGUGAGCCGCGACAGUUGUCGUCGCAAACGUUUGUUGCCUCCGAUGUCCUCGAUGAGCAGGCCCCGUGCUCGGCCCGCUGGACCGACGUGAGCACGCCGUCGCAAUCCAUCGACUCUUUGGUGGGGCAUUUGUUACUGCGCGCCGCCGAGGAGGAAGGCAACGACAACACUUGGAAGCUGCUUCUCGCCAACGAGGAGUCGGUGCUGCGCGACAUUAUUGAGAAUGAGGCGUUUACGGAACUCGCCAGGAGGAUGAGGGCGUUCCACGGACGGUCGUCCCCAAGCAGCGUGUGCGAGUCAGGGAAGAGCCACAGUGCAAGCACCCGAGUUGCAGGCCGCCUGGGGGUUGAUGCCGCUGCGCUGGAGUCAUGCACGGCGGGGGCGUCCAUGGAGAGGGCGGACUCCGCGUUGCGGGCCGUGCCAGCGCGUGGCUUGGGGGAACGGCGAGAGGAGGCGAAGGUGCCCGCCGCCGGCACGGCCGACUUGUCCGUGUCGGGCCCACGCCUCGCCAUGCACGUCAGAUCGCGCUCGGGAGGCCCACACGGGGGCGUCGAAGAGGCGCGGGGGCAGGCGCAGCGCCGGAGCAGCCACGUGGUGCCGUCGUACGGGACGAUGACGCAGGGCGUGCAGGCUGGCGCCGCCGACUCCUCGACCCACGUUAACGCGCGGGGCGGCUUGGGUGUCGCCUCACCCAGCGAGGCCGUGGUCGGCGAGGAGGCCCCCGCCACGGCCUCGCUUCCCCUCUACGAAGGCGAAAUGCCGGUCAUUAAGCCCUCCUACGAUUCCGUGCCUGACCCUGCCAUGGAUGCGGCAUGGGAGGCGGAGGGGUUGUUGACGACCGGUGUGAAGCCGCAGGCGUGGUUGCGAGCAAUGAUGCGGCAGGCUCUCUUCUGUAUUCUUGCGGUGGGCCUCUUUUUUCCAUCUAUGGCGCACAGCGGUCUCUUUGCCGGUCUGGAUCUCUUUUCCAACGCUGAGAGCUCUGCCCCGCGGCGAAGUGUCAUGAAGUUUACACUUUUAUUUGCUGACGCAGCUGCAUUUUGUGUCACCACACCGUUCACUGCGAUUUUAUGCCGUGGUGGUCGUCUUCUGCGGCACGGCGUGCUUCUUGCAGCGACGACCACGACAGUUGGCAGUGGACUCUGCCUGUUGCAUGGGUAUUCCUCCGGCAGCCUUGUGCUGCUUCUGUUGUCUCAGUUACUACAUGCAGUGGGGCUCGCCGCUUCUGUGGUCGCGGUGCUGUGCGUCAACUGUGCCGAGAUGGGCGCCCUCCUUGGCACCGUCUCACUCCUGUUUGUUGCCGUGCACCUCUGGUUUCUGAGCGGCGCCGCGGGGCUUUUCAUCUUUUCCGCCGUCGCACGUCUUCGCAGCGGCGGGGCGGCGGAGGCGCUGCGUGUCUUUCUGUACCUGACCUCUACCGGGCCCGUGUUUGCGCUUGCCGUCUGUGCGCUGGUCUCGCCCGCCGAGUCUGACGAGGCGCGGCCCACGCUUGACGCCGUACGUGACGCACGCAAAAUUUUCGUCAUCCUGCGGAGCAUCGACGUACGUUUUGUGCUUCGCUGCCUCGCCUGCGGCUGCCUUCUGGCGGUGCUGCUGCUUCUCACUGAGGCCGGGCCCCAGUUCUCCUUGCUGCCCGCUGGGGCCGCCGCCCCUCCGCUGUUUGCGUACCUCUUUUCGCUCACCGUGCUGGUUGCGCUGCCGCUGUUUCUCUUACCCUCCCUCGGGCCGUUUGUGCGCUUCUGCGGGUUCGGCCCGUUGACGGCGGUGGCGGCGGCGGCGCUUCUGGGGCUGAUAUCCAUGACGGCGCCGUCCGCUUCUACCGCCCCCGCGACGCUGCCGAUGUUUGCCGCGAGCGCCAUUCUCUGCGGGGCCGCGCUUGCGCUGACGCUGGCGGGGGUUAUGCGCUCUUUGGCCUCCGCGGGGGCGGGGGCGCCGUCGGUGGUGGUGGUGCCGGCCCUCUUGUUUGCGACGCUUCUCUCUCUCUGCGUGGCGCUCGCGGCGGGCCUCACCGCGGUGCUGCUUGGCGCCCGCCUGCAGGCGAGCAACGCGGGCGGGGCAUUGGCGGGGCAGGCGCGGUGCGUGAAUUACGUGGCGCUUGCCACGUGCCUCGGGGCGUUGUGUUUGCAGAUAACGACGGUGCUAAACGCGUGUCUUGUGCGACCGUCCACUGCUGCAGCCCCGUGCGUGGGCUGCGGUGGCAGCCGGGGCUGGUGA